AUGGGGCGCUCGGGCCAGUGGGUCCUGGGAGCUGCACUGCUGGCGAUGAGCCCCCGCCCGUCCCUCGCGUGGAACCUGCCGAAGCCGCGGGAGGCCGCCCUGGGCCUUCUGGGCUCCCGCGCUCUGCGGCAGGGCCCCUCAGGGGCCGUUCCUGCUGUCACCGCCACUCCGCCCGCUUCGGUCCCACAGGGCCUCCGACCACUGCACGAAAGUGCGGGAUGGGCCUUUGCAGACUGGCAGGCCUGUCCUGGAAGCCGCAUGUCCGGGCAACGACCGUUCCUCGCCCCCCAUCGUCACGGGAAGCCGCAGUGGCGUGGGCGACUGGAGCCAGGCGGUGCCCGACCUGCCAGGGACAGGGACGCGCCAGGGGGCAGCCGCGGGGGGGAGGAGGGCGGCGCGCCCGGAGAAGGGCUCCUGGACUCAGACUCGGACGGGCUCCCCAAGCCAGACGUUUCAGAAACUCAGAUUUCUGCCCAGCAGAGGCCUCAGUGGCGGCUGCGGCUCUGGGGUUUCACCAAGGUGUUCCUGGUUGGAAGCGCUGCUGGGUGGUCAUUAUAUGUUGGAGGGAACAGACUGAGAAGUGCACAGGCUGCUACACAGGUUGUUCUGAAUGUUCCUGAAACACCGGUAACAGGUAUGGAGAAUGGACUCCGAGUGGCCUCUGAAGAUUCCGGGCUCUCGCGCACUGCGGGCUCCGAGUGGAUGCCGGGAUGGGGUGCCGCUCCCUUUGUGGAGCAUAUGGCUUUCCAGGGCACCAUAAGACCCCAGCGAGAUCUGGAACUUGAGGCCGAAGCCUCGGGUGCUCCUCUCAAUGCCUACACCGCCGGAGAGCAGGCUGGAUAUGAUGCUGCGGCGUUUUCUAGUGAUUUUCCAAAAGCCGCAGAAAUUCUUGCAGAUAUAAUACAAAGCAGCACGUUGGGAGAAGCAGAGACUGAGUGCGAGCGUGGAGCCAUCCUCAGAGAGAUGCAGGGAGGUGAAACCAGUUUCCAAGAAGUUGUUUUUGAUUAUCUUCAUGACACAGCUUAUCGAAACCCUGCACUGGGUCGGACAACUUCUAGACUCACCGGCAGUAUCAAGCCCACAAAUUGCAAGGACUCGGUGGAUCGUGUAACUGCAGACUCUAAGGGCCCAGGGCGACACUCUGCGGCUCCGCGAGCUUCCCACGGUGAGCUGCCUGAGUCAGUGGCGUUCCAUUCUGGUGACUCUGGGUCCACACACAGAGGAGAAGUGCUCGCUCUGCCUCUUACAGGAAGUGAGACUGGCGGGAGAGGUGACAGGAUGGCUCCGGCACAGCUUGCCACCGGUGAGGCUGUCGGUUGGGCUCGUCCCGGUCGGCCUGGGGUCGAAAGCACACUGGUUGCCGGAGCAGGAGUGAAUCUGCCAGGCAGGCCCGCCCAGCCCCCUGUCGCACAACUCUGUCACCACUUCCAGCCCUUCCACACUUCCUGCAGAGACACAGGAUGGCGGGGGGGGCUCUGCGCGGCUUGUGAACCGGCCACUGUUGCAGACGUGCGACAUGUUGUUCCCAAAGAAUGGAUAUGACUCUGCACAAAUGUCACCGAAAGGGAAGCUGCACGAGCCAAAAACCUUCUGAAAACAAACAUGUUGUUCCCACUCGGUGGCUCCGCUCCAACUUGUGAUGACAUCGGUGGGCACCUGUCGCGCGGGAAUAGAAGAGUUCCCAUCCCCGAGCUUGACGCCAGAGCCGGUGCUGUGCGCGCUGAGACAGUUGGGGAAGCGCGGACCGAACGCGCAGAGGAGAGGAGUCCCGUCGGUGCCGCCGCCGCGGAGCUGCUAGCAGCUCUCAACGGCAUUCGCAGAGGCAGAGGCCUCCGGCCCCUCUACGCGCUGCUCACCCCCGGCCGCAACUCCGGCAAGGCCUGA